UUUCCGGGUUUGGGCCUGGCGCUCCGGUUGUGUCGGUGGUGGCCGCCGAGUGGGACACGGGAGGUGGGAGCUGGGGGAACGGCAUGGACGUUUCGGGGCAGGAGGCGGACUGGCGGAGCGCCGCCUUCCGGCAGAAGUUGGUCAGUCAAAUCGAGGAUGCCAUGAGAAAAGCUGGUGUGGCCCAUAGUAAAUCCAGCAAGGAAAUGGAGAGCCAUGUAUUCCUAAAGGCCAAGACCCGGGACGAAUACCUUUCUCUCGUGGCCAGGCUCAUUAUCCAUUUUCGAGACAUUCAUAACAAGAAAUCUCAAGCUUCUGUCAGUGACCCGAUGAAUGCACUACAGAGCCUGACUGGAGGACCUGCUGCGGGAGCAGCCGGAAUUGGCAUGCCUUCUCGGGGACCAGGACAGUCCCUAGGCGGGAUGGGAGGCCUUGGCGCCAUGGGUCAGCCAAUGACCCUCUCCGGGCAGCCACCCCCUGGCACCUCAGGGAUGGCCCCCCAUGGCAUGGCUGUUGUGUCCACGGCAACUCCACAGACCCAGCUGCAGCUUCAGCAGGUGGCAUUGCAGCAGCAGCAGCAACAGCAACAGUUCCAGCAGCAGCAGGUGGCGUUACAGCAGCAGCAGCAACAGCAGCAGCAGCAGCAGCAGCAACAGUUCCAGGCUCAGCAGAAUGCUAUGCAGCAGCAAUUCCAGGCAGUGGUGCAGCAGCAGCAGCAGCUUCAACAGCAACAACAGCAGCAGCAGCACCUGAUUAAACUGCAGCAUCAAAACCAGCAACAGAUACAACAGCAGCAGCAGCAGCUGCAGAGGAUGGCACAGUUGCAGCUGCAGCAACAGCAGCAGCAGCAGCAGCAGCAGCAGGCUUUGCAGGCCCAGCCACCAAUACAGCAGCCACCAAUGCAGCAACCACAGCCGCCCCUCUCCCAGGCCCUGCCUCAGCAGCUGCAGCAGAUGCAUCACCCACAGCACCACCAGCCUCAGCCCCAGCCCCAGCAGCCACCAGUUGCUCAGAACCAACCAUCACAGCUCCCGCCGCAGUCACAGACUCAGCCUUUGGUGUCGCAGGCUCCAACCCUCCCUGGGCAGAUGCUGUACACCCAACCACAGCUGAAACUUGUCCGCGCUCCGAUGGUGGUGCAGCAGCCGCAGGUGCAGCCACAGGUGCAGCAGCAGACAGCGGUGCCGACAGCUCAGGCCCCCCAGAUAGUGGGUUCUGGAGUCCAGAUGAUCACCGCAGCCUUGGCGCAAGGCGGGAUGCAAGUAAGAGCCCGGUUCCCGCCCACCACCACCGUGUCUGCCGUCCAGUCCAGCUCCAUCCCUCUGGGCGGACAGCCCUCAGCACAGGUCAACCAGAGCAGCCUCACCAUGCUGUCGUCGCCAUCGCCGGGCCAGCAGGUGCAGACCCCGCAGUCGAUGCCCCCGCCCCCGCAGCCAUCCCCACAGCCCGGCCAGCCCAGCUCGCAGCCCAACUCCAACGUCAGCUCCGGCCCUGCCCCAUCCCCAAGUAGCUUCUUGCCCAGCCCCUCACCGCAGCCUUCUCAGAGUCCAGUGACGGCGCGCACCCCGCAGAACUUCAGCGUGCCCUCUCCAGGACCUUUAAAUACCCCUGUGAACCCCAGCUCAGUCAUGAGCCCAGCGGGCUCCAGCCAGGCCGAGGAGCAGCAGUACCUGGACAAGCUGAAGCAACUCUCCAAGUAUAUUGAGCCACUACGCCGUAUGAUCAACAAGAUCGACAAGAAUGAAGACAGAAAAAAGGACCUGAGUAAGAUGAAGAGCCUUCUGGAUAUCCUGACAGACCCCUCCAAGCGGUGCCCCCUGAAAACUCUGCAGAAGUGUGAGAUCGCCCUGGAGAAACUCAAGAAUGACAUGGCGGUGCCCACGCCCCCACCGCCCCCGGUGCCGCCAACCAAACAGCAGUACCUGUGCCAGCCGCUCCUGGAUGCUGUCCUGGCCAACAUCCGCUCGCCCGUCUUCAACCAUUCUCUGUACCGCACAUUCAUGCCAGCCAUGACGGCCAUCCACGGGCCACCCACCACGGUGCCGGUGGUGUGCGCCCGGAAGCGUAAGUUUGAAGAGGAUGAGCGGCAGAGCAUCCCCAACGUGCUCCAGGGGGAGGUGGCCAGAUUAGACCCCAAGUUCCUGGUGAACUUGGACCCUUCUCACUGCAGUAACAACGGCACCGUCCACCUGAUAUGCAACCUGCACGACAAGGACCUCCCGAAUGUGCCCCCACUGGAGCUCAGUGUGCCCGCCGACUACCCCGCCCAGAGCCCGCUGUGGAUCGACCGGCAGUGGCAAUAUGACGCCAACCCCUUCCUGCAGUCGGUGCACCGAUUCAUGACCUCCAGGCUGCUGCAGCUCCCCGACAAACACUCGGUCACAGCCCUGCUCAACACCUGGGCGCAGAGCAUCCACCAGGCCUGCCUCUCAGCUGCCUAGCUGUCGCCACCGCGCACCUCGGGCUGCCAGCCCACCGGGGACCAUGGGGUCAGCCGGCAGCCUUGUCGGGGCCAUCGAGGAUACACACCUCAUGCCAGACAUUUGUAGGUGUUGGCUCUCUUAGAGAGCCUGGGCUUAGGUUAGCUUUCCUGCUUUUAUAUUCUGCCUUGGGGACCUACCACACAUUUUCCCACACUUGUACAGGACGGGGACAGUGGCUCCGGAGCUGGCUGCAUCAGUGCUGACAGUGAGAGCUUCUCCAGGGAGGCAGACAUGCCCCCCAGGCCUGCGCUCCUCGAGCUGCUGUCCCUUUGGUUUGUGCAGGGCCCGUGUCCUCCCUCAGCAUCACGGGGGAGACGCAGGACCUUGUUAGAGCCCCCUGUGUGUGCGCCAGGAGGCACUCUACCCGUUUCUGUAAGGGGACACGGAGAACACAGGAAACCUCUAAGACACAAUUCUCUGAUCGCAGAGCGGGGUUCAGAGUGUGCUACUGUCGGCACGUGGGGCAUGCUGCCAGGAGGCUCCUAGACCCCGGGGCCCUGGCUGCCACUCGGAGGGAAGUCUGGCCUGAGUGGUCGUGACUACCAGCAGGACCUCAUACCUCACGGCAUUUUCCCUUCCAGCCCGGGGGGCCUGCUGAGCACCGUGGGAUGCUGGGGGGCAGAGGCCUCUGGGGGAAUCCUGUCCCUGGCACCAUGCGCGCCAGGGCUUGCUCUGGGGUCAGGGUUCUGUCGCCGUGACCUGGCAUCCUCAAAGCCACUCCAGAGAGGGAGGACUCCCUGGUGGGACAUCAGUCGGCCCUCUUUUUUAUGUGC